AUGGCGCUAAUUCACAGCACAGAGCUUCUACUUCUCCUAAUUCUCUUCCUCGUUUCAUCGAAGCUUGCAACAUCUCACUCCACAGUGCGCUUCCUUCCUGGUUUCCAGGGACCCCUUCCUUUUCAACUUCGAACUGGGUACGUGGAAGUGGGUGAAAGUGAUGCAGAGGAGCAUGCAGAACUCUUCUACUACUUUAUUGAGUCCGAGAAUGAUCCUGAAGGAGACCCUCUCCUUCUCUGGCUAACCGGGGGCCCAGGUCCACUGGCAUUUAAAAACGAGGAAUACACUGGUGGCUUACCUAAUUUGACUUUGAAGCCAGAAUCAUGGACAAAGGUAAGUAGCAUUAUAUUUGUGGAUCUGCCAGCGGGUACAGGCUUCUCUUAUCCCAAAACAGAAAGUGAUGUUCAUCAAAGUACCACCAAGCUAGUUCGCCAUGCUCAUCAAUUUCUUAGGAAGUGGCUGAUUGAUCAUCCGAAAUUUCUCUCAAAUGAGGUGUACAUUGCUGGCGACUCAUACAGUGGCCUUCCUAUACCAGUUAUUGUUCAAGAAAUUUCAUACGGAAACGAAGGUGGUAUCCAACCAUGGAUAAAUCUCCAGGGAUACCUGCUGGGAAAUCCCUCAACAACAUCAGCUGAAAAAAACUACGAAAUACCGUUUAAUCAUGGAAUGGCAUUCGUUUCCGAUGAACUCUACGAGUCUAUUUCAGGAAUUAAUACUGGGCAUGUUUUGGAACCCUAUUGUGAGGAGCCUGGUCUGCAUAAACCGAUGGAAGACACUUGGAGUUGGAGGAGGUCUCUUGCUCAUGAAACCUCUCCUCUCACAUUGCCACCCUUAAGUUGUAGGGCUCGUGCAUAUGUUCUGUGUACCUAUUGGGCCAACGAUGAUAAUGUUCACAAAGCACUGCAUAUUCGGAAGGGAAGUAUAGGGAAAUGGAAGCGGUGUAACUCUGGCAUACCUUUUAAGUUUGAUGUCCCUAGCAGCUUCCAAUAUCACGUAAAUCUCAGCAGAAAAGGCUACCGUUCAUUAAUAUACAGUGGGGAUCAUGACAUGAUAGUUCCAUUUUUGUCUACUCAAGCGUGGAUAAGAGCUUUAAACUAUUCCAUCGUGUCUGACUGGAGGCAGUGGUAUUACAAUGGCCAAGUAGUAGGAUACACGAGGACAUACUCAAAUGGGAUGACAUUUGCAACUGUGAAGGGUGCAGGGCAUACAGCUCCGGAGUACAAACCUGAAGAAUGUUUAGGCAUGUUUAGGAGAUGGAUAUCAAAUAGGCCUCUUUAA